AUGGCCGACGACAACACCUCUCCCACUUCAGACGCAUCGCCAACGGACGGUGUGGGCGCUGAGAACGCCGACCAGGCAUCCAGCAAUGCGCCCAACUUCCUAGCCCCUUCAGACUUCCUGCCUCGACUCCCUCCUUCGACCGAGACUCCCUCAGGCGCAUCGGGCACCUCCGGCAACGAGCCAGAAGAUGCGCACAUCCAAGAUGCCCCAGACGGCCCAACCAAACCGACGGUAGACGCGCAUGGACGCACUUUGAACCCAAGAUCGUGUGUGACAUGUCGCAAGAGGAAAGUCAAGUGCGACAAGCUGCAUCCCUGUAGCAACUGUAACCGCGCCCACAUCGAAUGUGUCUUUCCCGCACCGGGCAGAGCACCACGGAAGUCGAGGAAGGUUGUUGGUGAGGGUCGUGACAAAGAGCUGUUGGAGAGACUCCGAAGGUUGGAAGGUGUGGUUAAGGGCAUGGGAGUCGAGGUGCCUGCGAAAGAGAAUGGAACACACCAGGACGACUCAGAACAGCGGCGACGAUCGACGAGCGGCGGAGAACCAGUGAAUGGACAAUCGAACACGAAUGGCGUCAACGGUAACGGCGACGUGUCCAACAGCGCUGAGCAGGAACAUCAGAAAAAGACGAAAUGGGUCGAAGCGCACACCAACGGACGCUUUGAGAACAGAUUCGGCAGACUUGUAGUCAAUGAGGGCAGGUCGCGAUACAUCAACAACUCCUUCUGGGCAAAUCUCAGCAAUGAAGUUGAAGAUCUGAAGGGUAUUCUCAACCAGUCGAGCGAUGAAGAGGACAAUGCUGGUUCAUCCCCUGCCUCGCAAAACCAACUUCCGAGCAAUCACCAUGGAUUCGUGUUUGGCUUCAGCUCACAAAACGUCGACCUCCUAAACCUUCAUCCGCUACCGGGACAGAUCUGCGAAUACUGGAACAUCUACAAAGACAGAGUCGAUCCGUUAUGCAAAGUGCUUCAUGUCCCCACCCUCGAGCCGACAGUGCUCAGCGCAGCAUCACAUUUGUCGAACCUAUCCAGGGGCUUUGAGUGCCUUCUCUUUGCGGUAUAUUACGGCACUGUCACAAGUCUUACACCGCAUGAUUGUCUCUUGAAACUUGGUGAAGAGAAGCCUAUUCUACUCACGCGGUAUCGAUUUGCCGUCGAGCAAGCUCUGGCAAGAGCGAAUUUUCUAACGACAGAGGAGAUCGUCGUACUUCAGUCCUUCGUAAUAUUCCUGAUCUGUCUCCGGCGGAAUAGCGAUGCCCGUGUUAUCUGGACUCUUACUGGUCUUGUCGUACGGAUAGCUCAGACCAUCGGAAUCCACAGAGAUGGCUCGCACUUUGGUCUGGCGCCUUUCGAAGUUGAGAUGAGAAGACGACUUUGGUGGCAGGUCUGCAUACUGGACACGCGAGCAAGCGAGGACCACGGCUGCGAUCCCACUAUAGUCGAGCAGUCGUUCGACACGAAGAUGCCGCUCAACAUCAACGAUGUCGACAUGACACCGCAAAUGAAGGAGUACCCGCCAGAGAGACAGGGAUGCACAGACAUGUCUUUCUGCUUGUUGAGGUUCGAGGUUGCAAAUACGUUCCGACGCAUUAAUUACAUACCACCAGGACCGCCGAAAGCCUGCACUCAGUACUUCUCGGCGGUGACACUGGAAGACAAGGAAAGGUGGAUAACAGAGUGCCAUCAGAGGCUGGAGGAUCGCUACCUGAAGCACUGCGAUAUGAGUGUACCGCUGUUCUGGGUGACGGCAACCGUCGCACGGUUGAUGAUGAGCAAAAUGUGGCUAAUGGUGUACCACCCUUUCCAGCGAGCCGAUGGCGGCGCCAGCUUGUCUGACGAGACGAAAGAGAAGCUUUUCAUUACCAGCUUGGAGAACAUGGAAUACAGCAUCCUGCUGGAGACGGAGGCGAGGACUAUGAAGUGGGGAUGGCUGUUCAAGACGUACAUGCAAUGGCAUGCUCUGGCUUUCACCCUGUCCGAGCUAUGCCAUCGGACCACAGGCGACCUUGUGGAGCGAGCUUGGAUUGCAGUUGAGAAGACCAGGGACGGUCGGUGGGGCGAUCCGAACAACGCUGAGUAUGAGGGACGGUCAGGUCAUUUGUGGCGUCCGCUCAAGAAGCUGUACAAGAAGGCCAAAGAGGCUCGGCAAAGAGGUUUGCAAGAAGAGCAGGUGAGUAAGGCCAUGUUGCCUAACCCACCGACAAGAACCUACAGCCCCAACGAAAAUCCCAUGUUCGGGAAUCCCCACAGACCACGAAUGACACGAGCACCACUGAGCUCAGCCCAGUUACUACGCUUCACAGAGGGACCUAGCUAUGGGAAGGCGCCAUUGGACAAGCACGAGCUUCUACGUUCGCCGAAAUUGUCUGAAGCAGGGACCGAUGAUCCAAUGGAGACAGCUGGACUCAGUUCAGACAUCCUUCAAGGACCACCAGCACAGAACAAUGGUCAUACUCUCGGCUCGGGUAUGCAUGGUAUGCAGUUCUCAAUGCCUGGAAAUAUUGCUGCGCCUCGUCCCCAACCUCUACAACCCGCGCCAGGCUUUGGACAGAACUUCCUCAGCGGCACGGACAUCGACUUUGGCGACACCCCCGAUCUGCUCAAUCACCAGAACACAACUAUGGCCAACGAUGGAUCUAUGCGCAUCAACUCCAUCGACUCGCUGGACAACGACGUUAGCAACAUCAUGGACACAUCGGGCGAUCUAAAUUGGGAGAGCUGGGAUCAGCUUGUGCGGCAAUUUGGUAUGGACGUUGACUCUGGCGCGAUCAACAUGGGCACGACCACGAACUGGGAUGGCCAAAAUUUUGAAAUGGGGAACAAUACAAGCGCACAAAAUUUACGGAUGGGGAUGGGAAUGGGUAUGAACGACUGGUUUUGA